CUAUUUGAAGUGAGCUGGGGCAGAGAAUGCAACGUUUGUACAGUAGUUUUUUUGGUGCAUCGCUUGUUAGUUUCUCUGCAGUGGAGCUGGUCACACUUACAGCAUCUGAGGUCUCCUGACAAACUCUGCUCCAAAUUCACUUGAGGUUUGGUUGGAGAAUGGUGAAUUUGCAAAAUCAUUGACUUCCCACACACCUGUAGAAAUUCUGCACUUGAAUAUGGUUGGAUUAAAACCCCUGGAUGUCCCUCCGACAGCUGGUAUAAAAAUAGUUGGAGCCGGACUAGCAGCUUGCAUUGCCGAUCUUAUUACAUUCCCUCUCGAUACGACCAAAGUGAGAUUGCAGAUUCAAGGGGAAUCCAAAUCUGUGAACAGUGUGACUUCUUUGAAGUAUAGAGGGGUCUUUGGUACCAUAGCUACAAUUGUGAAGACUGAAGGGGUGAGAAGUCUCUACAAUGGCUUAGUGGCUGGUCUUCAACGUCAGAUGAGCUUCUCCUCUGUGCGCAUUGGGCUUUAUGAUUCUGUUAAACUGUUCUACUCCAAUGGAUCUGACACUGUCUCCAUUAGUUGUCGCCUGCUUGCUGGAUGUACAACUGGAGCCUUGGCAGUCACCUUGGCACAGCCAACAGAUGUGGUGAAAGUAAGGUUUCAAGCACAAGCAAACCUAACUGGUGUGGCUAAGCGCUACAACGGGACAUUAGAUGCCUACAGAACAAUUGCCAAGCAAGAAGGACUUAAAGGAUUAUGGAAAGGUGCUUUGCCAAAUAUUGCUCGCAAUUCUAUUGUGAACUGUGCAGAACUGGUGACUUAUGAUGUGUUUAAGGAUGCAUUGUUACGAUAUAAUCUUAUGACUGAUAACCUUCCUUGCCACUUUUUUGCUGCUUUUGUUGCUGGAUUCUGCACAACCAUUGUUGCUUCACCUGUUGAUGUUGUGAAGACACGAUACAUGAACUCUGCUCCUGGCCAAUACAGCAGUGCUAUUAAUUGUUCCUUUACCAUGCUGAGAAAAGAGGGCUUGACAGCCUUUUAUAAAGGGUUCAUGCCCUCCUUCCUGAGGCUGGGCUCAUGGAAUGUGGUGAUGUUUGUCACCUAUGAACAGUUGAAACGUGCAAUGAUGUUGGCCAAACAGUCCUGGGAAUCUCUUUGAUGUUCUGUGUUUAUGUUGACAGAUAAAAUAGUGAAUUCCUUUAAAUUGUGUAUGAAUUUUACAGGCAUGGAUCUUUUAAAGGAUUUAUAAUAUGAACAUAUCGCAGGUCGAUUGCAAGAUGCCAUUAUCUUGUUAAUUUGUAAAUAUUUUGCGCAGAGCUUUUUGUGACCUUUUUUUAUAAGGUGAAUAAGGAUUUCUAGAGUCUAUUUUGGAAUGGUGAAGCAAACCUAAUGAUUACAGUUCCCAGAGUUUUACAGCAUAGUAGCAGGGCCACCUUAACCCAUGUCUAGGCCCUGCUCAUUUAAGUACCUGUCCAGAUGCCCCUUAAAUGUUGUAACUGUUCCUGCCUCCACCACCUUCUCUGGCAGCUCAUUCCAGAUACCAACUACUUUGUGGAAGGGGAAAAAAAUUACCCUUCAGAUCCCCCUUAAAUAUCCUCCCUCUCACCUUAAACCUUUUGCCCUUUAGUUUUAGAUAUCCCUACCAUGGGAAACAGACACUGACAAUCUACUCUAUCAAUGCCUAUCAUAAUUUUAUAUACUGCUGUCGUGUCACCUCCGUCUCCACCUCUCCAGGGAAAAACCAACCUAGUCUAUCCAAUCUUCUGAUGAUAAAUAGUCCUCCAAUUCGGCAACAUCCAUGUGAAUCUUUUCUGCACCUUUAUUUCAAUCACACCCUUCCUAUAGUGUGGUGACCUGAACUGCACACAAUACUCCCAAGUGCAGCCUAACCAAUAUUUUGUACUCAAUGCCUUGACUGAUGAAGGCGAGCAUACCAUAUGCUUUCCUCACCACCCUGUCCAUGUGUGUACCCAUUUUCAGGGAACUUGUACUUGUACCCCAAGGUGUCUCUGUUCAAAAACAGGCCCUGCCAUUUGCUAUGCAAGUCCUGCCCUCGUUUAACUUCCAAAAAAGCAUCACUUCACGCUCUUCUGAGUUAAAUUCCAUCUGCCAUUCCCUUGCCCACUUUCCCAUUUGAUCUUUAUCCUCUUGCAACUUUCACUGUCCACUAUACCACCAAUUUUGAUGUCAUUUGCAAACUUGCUAAUCAUAUCACCUACCUUUCAAUCCAAAUCAUAUAAUAAAUACCUCCUAUCACCAAGUCUAUUUUGCAUCUAAUUUGCUAACUCAUCCUGGAUCCCAUAUGUUCUAACCUUCUGGACCACCCUACCAUGUGGGACCUCGUCAAAGGCCUUGCUAAAAUCCAGGUAGACAACAUCCAAUGCCUUGCCCUCAUCAAUCCUCUUGGUCAUUACUUCAAAAGAAAAUCUCAAAUUCAUGAAAUGUUAUUGCCCACAUCCCUGGUCAGUCCUUGCCUUUCCAAAUGCAAAUAAAUCCUGCCCCUCAACAUUCCUUCCAAUAACUUUCCUACCACUGUUGUGAGACUCACCGGCCUAUAGUUCCCUGGCUUAUCCCUGCAGUCCUUUUUUUUUCUUAAAGACAUUAGCCAUCCUCCAGUCUUUCAUAUUUCACCUGUGGCUAAUGAUGAUACAGAAAUCCCUACCAGGGCCUCAGCAAUCUCCUCUUCAUAACAUCCUAGGAUACAUCUGGUUAGGCCCAAGGGAUUUAUCCACCUUUUGUGUUUCAGCACCUCAUCCUCCUAAUGUUAAUAAAGCUCCAGGAUAUCACUUCCUUCUCCUGAACUCACCAACUUCCACAUCUUUCUCCAUGGUAAAUACAGAUGAGAAGUAUUCAUUUAAGAUCUCACCCAUUUCCUGUGGCACACUGAUCCUUAAGGAGAUCUAUUUGCUCCUUAGCUCCCCUUUUGCUUUUAAUAUAUUUGUAGAAUCUUUUGGUAUUCUCCUUUAUCUUGUCUGCUAGGGCUAUCAAACUAAAUCUAUCAAUUUAAAACCAUCAAAUUUUUUUUCUUGAAUUAAAUAGAAACUGAUUCUCUUUAAUGUUUAACAUGAAUUACUUCAUGCAGAAUUUUAGUAGCCAGUAUAUUAAUCAAGUUGCAUGAUUUUUAGUCUGGCUUAUUUCUCUACAUCAAAAAUGAUGUAGUUUUACUGGAGCAACACAAAACACUGGAGGAACUCAGCAGGUCAGGCAGCAUCGAUGAGGAUGGACAGUCAACGUCUCAGGUCAAGAUUCUUCAUCUGGAGUCCAGCAUCUACAGUCUCUUAUCUUCAUUUUUCUGGAGUUGGCUUGUUUGGUGUUAAUGUAAAUGUCAGUGAAAGUCUGAAUUGAUCUUUACCCCCACCUCAUUAAAAGUUGCUUAAGGUUUAAAAAAAAGGUAAAAAUGCACUUUGCAUAUUCUAAGAUGUUUAGUUUUACACUCCUUUAA